AUGUCGGCCUUAUUCGCAGAUGACACAAAGGUUUAUAGAACAAUUAUAUCGGUUAGUGAUUGUGACCAGCUGCAGCAAGCUUUAACCAACCUAGAUGUUUGGAGUAGCGACAACAACAUCAAAUUCAACGCAUUAAAAUACAAAGUUUUAUCCGUCACGCGCAAGAAAACCCCAAUUUCCUAUGUUUACUGCCUAGGUUCGGAACAGUUGCCGAAAGUUGAGGAGGAGAAAGAUCUCGGAGUCACUCUGUCCAGUAAACUAUUGCGGGACUCGCAAGUGAAUGAAUUAAUAUCGAAAGGCAACAAACUACUUGGUUUGCCCAAACGAACUUGUCUAUCUUUAACGGAUACCAAAGUCAGGCGUACUCUUUACCUUUCCAUCGUAAAAUCGAAGUUAUGUUACGCAACGCAAGUAUGGUCUCCAUUUCCCAACAUGGAGUUGAGUGAAAAAAUCGAGAGUGUUCAAAGGAGAGCCACUAAAUGGAUUUUAAAAACCAAGACUGGCGAGAUGUCUUGCACACAACGACUGCUGACAUUAGAACUUUUACCUCUUUGUUACGACAGAGAAGUCAAGUACCUUGUUUUCUUCUUCAAAGCGUUGUACGGUUAUAUUAACCUUGACAUUUACGAUUAUCUUUCUUUUGUUGAUCAUGGCUGUACUAGACUAGCUCAGUCAGAUCUCUAG